AUGUGGGGAGAGGUGUUCCACCAAAAACAAGAUGUUGGUCUAAAAGGGGAAAAUGUACUGAAAUAUAUACAAGGCUGCUUUGAAACUUGUGCCAAGGACUUCAUAAUAUGUUCUCCUACUGUAUCAUGUUCCUCAUCCUCCAGUUUUGGGAAGGACCAGGAUGAAGGUCCAUUUCAAAGGGAAGAGCAGGAACAACCAGCACCACAAAUCCAUGUGCAGAAUGCAUUUAAUACCAUCAUUUGCUUACCAUCAUCAAAUCAAAAAGACCUAUGUCCAGGUGAGAAUGUAUCAGAAGAUGAAGAAGGACUGAAUACAAGCCAUGUUCUAGAUGAUGAUGAUGAUUUUGAUAUAUCCUUAGGAUCACCUGCUCUCCUGCUGGAAGAGGAGAAAUGUGAAGAAAAGCCUUCAACAUCACAGUGUGAAGGAAUGUUAAAUUCUGGUGAAGAUAAAUUUGUGUUUGCUGUGAAUGUAGAGCAGGACAAAGAUGUUGCACAGUAUGAGAUGUGUCAUGAAAGGAAAGAAACAAAGGAGCUUUCUGCUGUAGAACCAAAAUCUUCAGCAGCACCUUCCCAUCAAAACAAGAUGUCUGAGUCCCUAGCAUCAUCAGAAGAUAUGAGAACUUAUUUUACACAGAGAAAUACCGCCAAUGUAGAGCCAGAAGACGACUGUGAAUUUUUGAUAGAAGAGUCAUUUGGAAUCUCUUCUAAAUCUUGGAUUUCAGCCUCGCAAAAGAAGAAACAAAAACCACAGAAAAAGAGCUUAAUAUCUGCACCAUCUCGACAAAAAAGGGAAGUGAGCCAGCAUAGUGCAAGAAAAAAAGAUAAAAGAACAUCAGAGAAACUUGUUACACCAACCGCUAUAAAGCAAACCAAGAUGACAAAUGUUGCUGAAACCACUGUUGAUAAAAAGAAUAUUUCAGGGAGUAAUAAAAUUAUGUCUUUGGUAGAUGACCAGCCACUGUUGGUUUUAAAUACCACCCAAAAAGGAAAGCAGAAAAUAGAUUCCAAAGGUAAGGUGUCAGAAGAAAUAAGUACCAACAUUUCUACAAGUAUAAACCAAACAGAAGACCAUGCAGCUUUACUGGAAGAGGACAACAGUUUUUUAGAAGAACCACAAGCUGUUCUAAGGACAGCAGAAAGGUCACCUAACAGUAUGAGAACUGUGAAACACAAACACCCAAAAACAAAAACUUCAGCAGAAAAGCAAAACGAAGGGAGCCAGGAGAGGGCUUCUGUAAUCACAGCCUCAGAGAAUAGCCAGCCCUUCAAGAAUACAGACAUGUGCUCUGAGAAUUCAGUUUCUGUUUUAAAGCCCAUUUUGCCAGUGGAACCUGCAGAACAAAAGUCAUCCAAUAAAAAAUCACAACCUGCAAAGCAAAAGUCAUCCAAUAAAAAAUCACAACCUGCAAAGCAAAAGUCAUCCAAUAAAAAAGCACUUAAAAGGCAAAAGCCUGUAAGAACUACACAAUCUAAAAAACAACUGGAAACUCAGAAGAGCAGUCUUAAAGAACCUAUUAUUAGGGCAAGUAGAAGGAAGGAGAGAAUACUGGUUUCAAAGAGUUCUGAAAGUGAGCUUGAAGAUGAACAGUGUAAUGAAGGGGUUGACAAACAUUGUCCUUAUGAACUAAGACGUAUAACUAAUUCAAGGAAGCCAUCUCAAAAAACAAGACAGACUUCUUUAGUAAGUUCAGAAGAUAGCGAUUGUGAAAGUAUGUCUUGUGAAGAGGAUUCUUCUGAACAAUAUCUGACAGAAAAAAGAUUAUAUUCUUCCGCGGAGCAACAAAAAAGUGCUACAAGUUCAUUGCAAUCUUCUUCUCCAUCAGAUGUAAAUAUGAUCAAUGCCAGUGGCCCUCUUGAUAACAAAGCACACUCCAAGCGUAAGGAGACUUUUGACAGAGAUAUAUCAAAUACAGAUGAAUCUGAAGACUUCAUGAGGAAUUUGGGAGGAUUGGUUUCAAAUUCAUUAAAGCACAAAUUAGUCUUGCCCACCAACACACCAAAUGUUCGUCGGACCAAAAGAAUGCGUAUCAAACCACUGGAGUAUUGGCGUGGAGAACGUGUGGAAUAUAAGACAAGACCCUCAGGAGGCUUUGUAUUUGGUGGAAUAAUAUCACCUGAACAAAAAGAACCCAGAAAAUCUAAACCUAAAAAGACAGUAAAUCCUGUUGUGGAACUGGGUUUUGCAGAUACCUCAGUGCCAGAUACCUCAGUGUCUUCCUUAAAAGAUCCUGACCAGCCAGCUGUUGUAUUUGAUGUAGCAUCUAAUCAAGAGAUUCUUUUAGAAUGUGUGAAAAGUGGUAGUUCACACGUGUUUUUCGUCUGUAAUGAAGCAGUAUCCAUAUAUAAAUAUCUGAAUACCCCUUCCUUUUCUGUUGGCAAAAUGGUAUUAAAACCAUUAAAAGAAAAAGGACAGCAGUAUUCCCACACAGACACACUGGUUUUUCACAUUUCUCAAGGCAAACUUCUCUUGAAUCUGUAUGACCAGUGUUACUGUCUCACUGCUGGAGACUAUUUCUUUAUUCCACCUGGGAAUGUAUACAACAUUCGUAAUCUCUUGAAUCAAGAAUGUAUCAUUUGCUUCACACAGCUAAAAGGAAUGAGGUCAGAAAGUUAAUAAAAGUUGCCUUCAUGUCCAAAUUUCUUGGAAGACCUCAGAGAUCAUGAUGUUAAAAAUUGCAAGGGUUCUCAGGAUCGUGUUUCCUUGCUGGAUCCCCAGUUAUACAUUCCCAGAUAACAAAAUAAAUCCAGGCCAUUUUUGCAGCGGAACUGUGUGUUUUGUCUGAAGGUUUGAAAUGCACAAGUUCUCUGAUUUGUAAUAAAAAGUACAGUUACUUAAACGACACAAACUUUUAAAAACAGUUUUGAAACUUUGAAACCAAGGGCACUGUGUUCUUUCUAGAAAAAUAUGGCACUAAGUAGGAUGAGUAUGCAGAAUCUCUCAUGCUAACAGCUUCAGUGGCAUAAACCAAGCCUGCUGCUUCUACUACAACUGAAGCAUUGUUUUAUACUGGACAAGUGGGAGGAAGUUGUGUUAUGCCUUGAAAGCAAUUUGCUGCUCUGCUUUCCUGGUGCAGUACUGCUGCAGUGCUGGGGAUGAAGGCAGGGCUUCUCUAAGGUCUCUCAGAUAACCAUGCAAAUCGAUAUGGCAUGGUCAGAGUGGCAAAAAGGAUGAAUAACAUCUGUACAGGGAUACUUCAUUCUGUGCUUAAUAGCUUUGUUCAAAUGUUAGAUAUUGUUCUGCUUAUGCGGUUUGAUUCUUUUUAUAUGUAAAAUUUGAAAUUAAUAAA